AAAAACGGAAAAGAAUAAUGUAAUGCAGUGUAAAUAAAUAUAAAAUGAUAAAUACAAAUCUAAUCAUUUAAUUAUAAUUUUUACAUCCUGCGUAUUUGCAACGCAGCUGCGCGCGCAGCAAACUGGCCGGUGACGUCAGAGGAUUCCUUCCUGUCUUGACUUCCUGCUCCGCGGCCGAAGUUUUCUCUCCGGCGGGACAUGAGAAGGGAAGUUUUACCUCAAGGAAACCUGAGGAACAGCUCCACUUUAGGACAACUUACGGACACUGUUCGGACUCUAUGAUUCGACCAGAAACAACGAUAUUUAUUCUUCGACUGCCAAAAUCUGAAGCAUGGAGGACCCAAACAGACAUCAGCGUAAAAUGUCCACAGCAGGAGACAGCCUGUACAAAAUCCUGGGUCUGGAGAAAGGAGCAACUCCAGAGGAAUUAAAGAAGGCAUACAGAAAACUGGCGUUGAGGCAUCACCCUGAUAAGAACCCAGACAACCCAGAAGCUGCUGAAAAAUUCAAGGAGAUCAACAACGCCAACUCCAUCCUCAGCGACGAGAACAAACGGAAAAUCUACGACGAGUAUGGAUCCAUGGGGCUCUACGUGGCCGAGCAGUUCGGGGACGAGAGCGUCAAAUACUAUUUCCUCAUGUCCAAGUGCUGGUUCAAGGCCCUGGUGGUGUGCUGCAGUAUUUUCACCUGCUGCUGCUGUCUCUGCUGCUGCUGUUUCUGCUGUGGGAAGUGCAAAACGCAUGAAGAGGGGGAAGACUUCGCCUAUAUGGACCCUGAGGACCUGGAGGCAGAGAUCAGAGAGCAGGAUGAAGCACGAGACCAUGUAAUAGUUAUUCAGCCGAGCUCCGACUCUUCAGAUAAAGCCGACGCUUCUGCAGGUGAGAACGCACCGAUCGUGAUUCAGCCUCAUGCGGCCAACGGCACCUCGGACACCAAGUGAGCAGAGUCCUGAUGAAACCACGUCGCCAUCAGCAGCUGCACAUGUCGUUUUCAGAGAUGAUGAGUAUACAUUUUGGGCUUGAAUGUGACAGAAAACUUGUGUCUGAAGCAGCGAUUUGAUUGUGCCAUUUCCCUUUUAAAAGUGCCACUGGGCUUUUCUUCCUCAUAUUUAUUUUUUAACUUUUUAAUCUUUUAAAAGUUGGAUAGUUUCUGGACGGCAGCGACAAACGACAAAGCCAUGCAGAUCAAAGCUCUGAAAUAGUUUGUGUUUCCAUGUGCACUUUAAUAUCGCAAGUUCAUGUUUGAAAUCCUGAAGCUGCCACGACGGUCUGAGAACGUUUUAGCUCGAGACGACUCGUGGGUCAGAAAUGUUUUAAAUACUUUUUUUAAUGCAAAAUAAUACUACGAUUUUUAAAAGCCAACCACUCUGAGACUUAUGAGAUGUUCAGUCGCACUGCACAUAAUGUAGAAGCAAAAUAAAGGGCUUAUUGAAAUGAUGUACAGAAUAUUGUGACUAAACCAACCGCGUAUUUAAAAUGUUUGGAUGUCCACUGUUGUGUGUAAAUAGCACAAUUAGAAUUAAUAAAGUGAUGCUGACGGGUAUUACAGGUAUAAUUUAACAUUUUGGGAGAAAUGUUUAUUCACUUUCCUUCUGAAAAUUGUAGAUUUAGUCUCUUUUCAACUCAAAAUGAGUUGUUUAAUGGCAGAGUUUGAGUCUUUCAAAGUACUGUGAAGGACAAAUUUGCACUAUUCAUGAGGUUGGGUUUGAAGAUAAGACUACUAUAUUAGUUUUAUUUUCAGGCACUUGCAUGUUAUUACCAGCUAAAUUUAAUACACAUCCAGAGUUUUUAGUGUUUUAAUUAUGUCUUGGUUUGACUUAAACACUUUUUACAAAUCCGGAACUGGUAUUUACGAAUAAUUCUGGUAUGAAUGCAACAUAAGUUGGAGAGCUGGAGAGGGACAUCAUUUGUUUAACUCGGGGAAACAUCUAAUCUGACUGUAUUAAAGGAAUACUGUGGAUUCUUUAGAAGUGGGGUUUUAUGAGAUACUUGGUACCUGAGUCAGUGUAUUAGUUACAAUUAGGGCUGGACGAUAUGGACCAAAAGUCAUAUCCCGAUGUAUUUAGUCUGAAUAUCGAUAUACGAUAUAUAUCCCGAUAUUUUUAUCGCAAAGUGAGAGCAAAUGUUCAGUCAAAGUCAAAUAUGACAUGUCACAAGUACUUUUAUUAAAACCAUUUGUGUAAGUGAACAUAAAUACUGUAUAACAGGAGUACCUUUUUUAAAAGCAAAGCUCCAUAAAGUUUACAUUUAAAUAAAAAGAAUAUCUUAAAUGAAAA